UCCUGCAGGAUGAUUGCCGCUGUGGACACAGACUCCCCCCGCGAAGUCUUUUUCCGAGUGGCAGCUGAAAUGUUUGCUGAUGGCAACUUCAACUGGGGCCGAGUUGUCGCUCUUUUCUACUUUGCCAGCAAACUGGUGCUCAAGGCCCUGUGCACAAAGGUGCCUGAACUUAUCAGAACCAUCAUGGGCUGGACACUGGAGUUCCUCCGAGAUCGGCUGCUGGGCUGGAUCCAAGAACAGGGUGGUUGGGAUGACCUCCUCUCCUACUUUGGGACCCCCACGUGGCAGACAGUGACCAUCUUUGUGGCUGGGGUGCUUACCGCCUCGCUCACCAUCUGGAAGAAGAUGGGCUGAGGCCCCCAGCUGCCUUGUGGACUGUGUCUUUUCUGCAUAAAUUAUGGCUUUUUUCUGGGUGGAAUGGGGGGUGGGGGGAAAUGGGCAUUUUUCUUACUUUUGUAAUUAUUGGGGAGGGGAAACAAUGGCCUGUGGGGAGGGUAAUAAACCUUUGGUCUAC